AUGGGUGGCAUUGUGUUCCAGUGGCACGCAGGCGAGAUGGGUGUGGCCAUUAGCAAUGGUCACGAUGUCAUCGUGGUUUGGACGCAAUGUCUGGGUUCGCUUGCGGAGAUUCAGACGUUCGAGCAAGUGGCAACUGGGAUAGUUAUGCUGCUUUCGCAGCACGAGCGUGCAUGCGGUGUUGAGAAAGCAGUGGGCGAGGUUGCCGACACCGAAGUGAACUUUACGGUUGCUCCAGUAUCAGACUUCGCUACCAUGACGUACAACAAUCCAGAGUACGAGUUCCACAACUUCUCCUAUGAGAAGCAAGCUGAUGGCGCCAGACUACUGAUGCUGACUUCCUCUCUGGAUGUCACGGCUUUCAACGUGUCCUUCACCGAUACAAAGCUGGCCAUCUUGAAGAUAACGGUCACUCCAGCCAGUGGAGCGUCUUACUCCGUUGAGGGUGACGAAGUUAAGUUUGAUAUGGAGAAGGAUCCUGUCACGCAGUUGACUGACAUCAAUGUUCGUUAUGAUGACAAACAUCGAGGGGCAGGGACUGUCUCUGCCAGCUACUCUGUAAACUGGACAACGACCAAGGUCAAGAUGAAAAUGAGUGGGGUGGAUUUCGACAUGGAGUACAAGAUCACCUUCCAGACUCCCACCGUGACCCCGCAAGUCUUGACACCAACGUUGACAGCCUCGGGGCAGAGCCGGAAUCUCAUGACUGUUCUGGGCAACGUGCCGACGACAGCGUCUGUCAUAGCACAGGUCAGUGACCCAGCGGACUUCAUUCGGCUCAGCCUCCGGAAGGUCGGCGAGGAGACCCAGGAACCUCCAGGAUUUUGCGAACAGCAGAUCUUCGACGAAGGUUGGACGAAGCUUGAUUGCGUCGUCACGCUGACCCCUCUGAAGAAAGAGAGCCUGGUGCUGGAAAUCCAGGUGAAGAACUUCACUUCGACACUCUGGCAACUUGCAGGCGACUUUUCUAUGACCGGGCAGGUUGACUUCCAAGCACCAACAGUGACCGGUUUGUUCACGAGAGAUGCGAGUGGGGCGCAGUCGAACGGCGUCGUCGUGGAGCAGGUCAUGACAUCGGAUCCUGUCUUCUACCUCCAGGGCCAAAACUUUGCAAGUCUCAUGGACCUUUCGCUGACCUAUGUGGACUCGAAGAUUUAUCAGCUGUGGUUGGUGCUAGAUUGGGCUUCAAAUUCAAGGCUCUUGUUCUGCUCCUCCGUCGAGUACGUGUCGGACACGGAGCUGAAGUGUUUCAUUACAUCGUGCUUGGAUGCACGGAAUGUCCCGGCGGCUCCAGAAGUUGUCCUUCAAAUUGGUGAUCUCGAGUCCACUUCCGUGAUUGGUGGACAGCUGACGCUUCCACAGCCCCAGAUCUCGCUCAUCACGCCGGCCACUAUCUUCGAUGCUGGCUCGGGGCUCCGCUACUCGGAGAUUGAGAUCGAGGGCGUCUCCUUCGGCGAAUUCCUGGCUGCAGAUGGCGACUUCCAGGCGGCCUGCCUCUCGUGGCAGACGAAGCUGAGCGGCUUGCUGGCGGCAGACUCAUCGAGGAGGCUGAGCUUGGCGGACCAGAUUCCAGCUCUGCAGAUGCUGGGAACGGCGAGCGUAACUGUCGGUUUGGCAACCUGCACGGUUCAGGUUCAAAACAACAGCUACGUGAAGUGUUCGAUGACAAGCCCUCGUCGUGCAUCUCGGGAAGCGCCGGCAGCCGGCGAACUCUUGGGCAGGAUCAUCUCCGAGAAUGUGGAUGUAAACGUGAUACUGAAAGUGGGGUCGCUCGAAGAGAUGAACAAGCCGGUGUUACCAACACAGAUUUCCCAGUGUGAGCAGGAGGGGUACUUUCGACCAAGCGAGGACAGUGAUGCCUGCGAGCCUUGUCCGAAGGGCACGUAUUCCAACCGGUUCUCCGAUCAAUGGCCGCUGGGGUGCACCUUCUGCCCGUCUACGUCAUAUCAAGAUCAGGUGGGGCAGACGGCCUGCUUGCCAUGUCCAGCAAACACCUUCUCGGUUCCGCCGGCCGUUUCCUUGGAAGACUGCCGCUGCAAGAAGGGUUACUUCUCACCGGUUUAUGAUGCGAGCCAAACGUAUGGCAAGCCGGGUUAUGCUUGCGUGGCGUGCCACACCGAAGACUUCACGACGCAAGCCAUGGACGACGAGCCCUGCUCCGUCGAUGUUCAGGGAACGCUUUGCGACGAGCCCGUGUCGCAGGUUUGCGUGCCGAGGGUGACUGGCUCCUUCGACUACCGGCUUUGCAUGAUCUACUGCGCUGGUGGGACCAUGUUGCCGCUCGCGAAGCCGUACUUCUAUAUCUCCAAAGCUCAAGCGGCUACCAACACUCAAAAUCCUGGCUUCGACGAGUACAAGCCUGUCAUCGAAAGCUGUCUACCCUCGACAGCAUGCUUGAAUGGAAACCAGUGCAACACUGGUUAUGAGGGUCCAAACUGUGGUGCCUGCGUGUUCGGAUACUUCCAGGAUCCGGAGUCAAACGUGUGCACUCGAUGCGGCGAGGAUCAGGUCCUCGGCACUCUGAUCUUCAGUGCUCUCGGUAUGAUUGGAACCUUUGGAGCCUUCUUCCUAUCGCUCCUUUACCUGAAAAUGCUUUCCGAUCCUAUCUUUAAGGGACAGAUCAAGCUUUACAUCGCACGCAAAAUCGUGGAUCGCAUGAAAGCAGCUCUAGGAGGUGGUGGAGGAGGUGGUGGCAAUCCUUUGAUGAAAAUGAUCGACAAGUUUCGCUUUAAGCGCGUGACCCUGAUCAUCCGCAAGCAAGAUAUCGCAGGAUACUGGCCGUAUUUCCAGAACAAGGACUUAGGCUUCGUUUUCCGUGUGGACAAGGAUCGCACCAUCCACGUGGCCGGUGUACGACCCGGGUCGCCCGCAUCUCACCUUGGCAUCUCCCACUCCUGGCGGCUCCUCGUCCUCAAUGGCAAGCACCUCCGGGCUGACACUGACGUGCAGGAUGCGCUGUCCAGUUGCAAGCUGCCGAUCUACUGCCUCUUCCGCGCUCCUCGCGCAGAAAAGAGCGAUGAUGAAGCCGAGCUCGACACGUCAGAUGCGAAAGAACUGAGUGCCUCGGGGGUGCGGCUCAUCACCAUGUCCCUGUCGAUCAUGCAAUCCUUCAAUGGAAUUGGUCGGAUAGAUCUGGAAUGGCCGGAACUAUUCACGAGGAUCAUGGCGGUGAUAGCCAACCUGUCCUUCAACUUCAACUUCUUUCAGCCGGACUGCAGUGUAGAGAGUCCUUACUGGCAGAACUGGGUCAUGUUUACCAUAAUGCCUUAUGCCUUGAUGUUUCCCAUCACGUGUUCAUACCUUGUCGUGAAGUACCUCUCAUUCCGCGAAAGCCGUGGUGACCCGCAGUACCGAGAGGUGCAGGGGUGGCUGCUCCUCAAUGCCUGGGGUAGGGCGAUGCUGACCAUCCUCUUGCUUUUCAUCCAGCAGCACAUGACGCAGUUGAGCAUUCCAUUCCAGUGCAAGUCCAUGGCGGAUGGCUCUCAAGUGCUCGUGGCUUCGCAAGAUAUUGUUUGCGAUCUGGCUGACACCAACUAUCAGCUGCUUUUUGGAAUGGCAUCACUGGGAUGGUUUGUCUUUGGCUCCGGUUUCGCCGUUCUGAACGUAUGCCUGUAUUGGAGCUACCACUGGCAAGCAGGGACGAAGACGCGCGACCGCAUCCCAAUCUACGUCGCGGCUGUCGAGAUGAGCGUGGAGAACAUGAGGGGCUGGGUGGAAGCCGUGCGCCUGCGGGUUUUCAGCAACAUUGUGGCGGUCCGCACUUACCCAACUGGCAAGGAUGCCGAGGCAGCAGAGAAGCGCCAGUUGAUGGAGGCGAAGAUGAAGCAACGAGGUGCUGCCGUGGUGCCUGAUAAGCCGGGAAAAGACUUGAACAAGGAAUUGGCCGACAUGCGGAGGCGCAAGGCAACCCUGGAGGACGAGGUGAACCUCAAGGAGAUCAAGCUGAAGUGGAAGAACAAGGAACGCUUCACAGAGAAGGGGUCGUGGCCAGACCAAUUGGAUGGCAGCUAUCUGACCUAUGGUUGGGUGCUCAUCUUCAGCAGCUUCUUUCGCCAGUUUGCCUUGAUGCUGUCUGCGCUGAUGGCCGUGGAGUUCCCACCCUUCGGGGCUGCUGCGCAGUCCCUGGUUUUCAUGAUCAACUUCGCGGCUUUGAUCCUCUUGUUCCCGUACACGGCCAGACUGCUGAAUAUCGAGGAGUCGGUCCUCACAGGCUGCAUGGCAUUCCUAACUUUCAUGGCCGCUUUCAAGGAGAUGGUUUCCAAGCACAACAAAGCCUCGCAAUACCAGUCCACCAUCGAUGCCACAAGCACGCUGAUUGACGUGCUGGUUCUUAUCAUCGUGACGAUCAUCAGUGGCACCAUGGUCUUUAACGCCUACAUCAUCAUUGGUGGGGCUGUCACGACGGAGUCGGACGACCAAAUCUUGAACAAGGCUUAUUUUGAGACUGCCAUGCAGCAAGAGCGGCUGCGCGAGGAGGAGGAACGCGGCCGCUUCCAUCGCCAGAUGGAGGAAGAAGCCAGGGACGAGGAGGAUGCACAUGAGGCUGCCUUCUGGAACGACCCCUUGCAGGCAGUCGAGAAGGAAUGCAUUGGACUGAAGUUGAUACCGUUGCCAGAUUCCGAAGCGACGGAACUGGACAAGUGCAUCAGCUCGAUUACCAGCCCAUUUGUGGAAGAGUUGCGGGAGAAGCGCGAUGCCUUCGAAAGUACCAUCCAGCAGAAGAAGGAGGCUCUCAAGACAAGGGAGCAGAUGGAAGCUGAAGAACUGAGACAGAUGCGAUGGGAAGAGUUCCGACAGAAGAAGGCUGAUAUCUUCUGGACGGCUCAAGAGGCUAAAGAGCGCAACGCUAUGUUUCAUGAAGAUCCGCAGCGUCUGCACGAGGCUUUCAUGCAAGAGGCAUUGCAGCUGGCAGAGCAGCACGAGCGUGACUGCAUGGAACGAGUAGAACGAGAACAGCGCGAGGUGGAGGAGUGGAACGCCAACCUGGAAGCUGCCGAGCGGGUGGCCAUGGCAGAGGAGGAUCUGCUGUCUUUCGAGGUGAGAUUCUGGGAGUCUCUCCAUGCGCAGGAGCCGGAGCUGCGGGCCCGCGAGCUGCGGGAGAUGGCCAAGUUGGAGUUCCGACAGCGCGAGGUGGAGGAGACGAAUGCACGCCUUGAGGCGAUGUUCUUAGACAUGAUGCAAAAGGAGGAGCAGCGGCAGAGAGAGGUGGAGGAGUGGAACGGUCAGCUGGAAGCCCAGGCCCAGGAGGCCAUGGAGAGGGAGGAGGAGCUGCAACGAGAAUACGACGAGUUCCUUGAAAUCAGCCGCCUCCAGAUCGAGAAGGAUCAGCUGAAGAAGCUACGAAAGGAGGAGCUCAAGCGCAUGCAGAAGGAAGAGAAGAUGAUGCGCAAGUACUUGCAGAGCCUACUGGAAAGCGAGGAGCUGGAGCUGAGCCGCAUGGCCUCGGAAGAGCAGCGGAUGCGACAAGUCGAAGAACUCGCCUCGCAGCUUGAAAUACAGAACCUUGAAGACAUGCGCUGGGAAGAGCAGAGGCAGAAGGAGAUCGCGGCCUACCUGGCCCAGCUCGAGGACGACGAGCGCCGCGGCAUGGCUAAGGAGGAGAAGCGGACACGAAAGUUUCGGAAGAAGACGCAGGAGCGGCUUCUGCUCGUGCUUGACCGAGCAGGAAUGGAGGUCAACGACUUACGCGUCCAAGAGCAUGCCGCGAAAAAGCUACAGAGAGAGCGAACGCGCAUGGCCCAAGAGGACGAGGAAGCCAAGGAGCAGCGCGCGAGAGACCGAAUAAGGUUGGAGAUUGAAGAAGAGGACCGAAAAAGGCGGCAAGCCCAAGCCGAGCGGGAGGAGAUGGAAAGGCAAGCAGAGCAAGCAGAGGCCGAG